UUACAUGGUUUUGUAAUAAAUUAGCCUGCUAGUACGAUAUGGACACAAUGAAUACACUAAUGCAACUUUGAACCUCUACUUGCCAUUUGCCAAUCUAAAUCCAACUAUACAGGCUGCUGGUAACAGAUUUGUACGGCUAUCCUACAAGUUUACAGCGAUGUUUGUGCUCCUUUAUGGCACCCGCUAUGUAAUUAUCUAAUUCUAACCAAGACACACUGGUGCAAUGCAUGCGAUUACGUAACUAAAUAAUAUUCAACCUUUUAAUGCCAUAAAGUAAAACUCGCGCAGAUGUUGAAACAGUUCAUAUUCCUUACUUUUGUGUAAAAUGCGUGGCUGUAGGAGCGUUCACUGGAGGGCGCUGUUAUGACGAGCAACAUUGGCAUCUGUGCUUAAAAGGGCACCAUGUCUCACAUUGCAUUUUAUAGUGUCCACUUAUUUACAGAAUUUAGAAGUAAACAGAUAUGGUUAUGAUUUGGAUCCCCAAUUAGAACUAUAUCAAUAAGUCAUGUUAGCAGCAUUUUUCCUCUUAUAGUAAAUUAAAUACAUUUCCAUUCAGUUACUACUUGAGUAAUGUGCUCCACUUCUUGUCACACCGGAGAGAAGCUCCAAAUGUACAAUGGAAUCUUUAAAAAAAAAAAAUUAAAAAAAAUGGCCAUAGGCAAAAAAGUGGACACAACUGCCAUCCUGUAAACACUUGACUAGUGACUACCUGUGACUUGGCAUUUCCAAUCACGCCAUUUACACCAAGUGCAUAAAGUGUUCCAAAUUACAAGGUACAGUUGCACUAUGGGAAAUGAAGGGCUUCUUAAAGGGCUGAUGCUAAACCCCUUAUUGGAUUAUUACAUGUUUAACAUUUUUAGGACUUGAUGAGAGGUGAAUGAUCCUACAGUAUUCCUUCUUGUGCAUUUAGCCUUAUUACAUCAUUAACAAUGUUUCUUCCACACACACACCAUGUAAAGUAUUUGCUGAAAUCUGAACACCAAAACGGAGUGCAGUCCGACAACAAAAGCAUUGCUCCAUUGUGCCAACUACAGAUGUGUUUGAACAUGGGGUGUGGAUGCGGUCAGCACAAUAACACCAGUCUAGGAUAAACAAGGAAGUCACUUGCGACAGCAAUUCUAAAUUUGUUUAGCGUGUUCUUGCAGUAUAAAUGUAGGAACUUGUGUAGCAAGGGAACAUUGAAUCACUGACAAAGGGUAGAGCAUGUGUUUUGUAUACACAUAGCUAUGUGGUCGGCCUAGAUUAUUCAAAAUGGCAACAGGUGGGAAGACUGAAUGCAGCAGUUCUGAAAGGGAUGAAGGGAAUGAGUGUAGUGUGUCAGGCCACACAUAGCAUUGUGCCAUCAUGGGAUCCGUGUUAUUGUGGUGCUUUGCAUUGUGUUGCUUGUCAGGUUCUACUGGUGAUCUUACCACCUCAGUAUUCUGGGUUAUAGCUAUGCAUAAUCCUACUGGUGGUCCAUGCCACGGUAGACAUGAGUUUUAGAUUUGUACUGUAUGGGUUGAAGGGUGCUCUGACUGUUUGAAGGUAGGAGUAGUCAACCUGAAAAAUAAUCCACAGGACAUGGUUUUAAUUUGAGUUGGGAUGAAGUGGUUGUGCUACAAGUACACCGUUCUAUGCUCCCUUUCUAUCGCCCUCGCUCCAUGGCGCGUUCACACACACACACACACACACACACACACACACACACACACACACACACACACACACACACACUUUCAUGAUUCUUAGCAGAUUCUCCACUCCAUCCACUUUCAUGAUGAGAAGGCUUUGAGGAAAGCCAAUUCCAGUGAGCUGGUUUACAGGACUUACUUUCUCCACACACACCAUCUCCCACAAAUUAGUCGGGGAACAAAUUACCUGCAUUCUGAGUGUGAUCCCACGCACUUUGCUGGCUGCCUUACACAGGUCCCCCUUUUGAAGAGCGGCCGUGUGAUUUCUUCCUCUUUGUUCACCCUGCGGGCCCCUCUGCCUUCUGCGAGAGGGAUUCUGGAGUUGAAUUUUAAAACUAUGCAUGGCGGCUGGCUGCCUGCGCUUAUCAGCUCGUGCACAAAUGAACUGCAUGCAAAUCAGGGCAGGAUCACACACCACAGUGGAGGCCUGCACUCAAAGGCAGGCUUAAUUGCUAAUUGGGUAUCUAGGUGUGACACCCACACUGCCAAAACUGAGAAGUAAAAACAUGGAUGUUUUAAUGCCAGUUGCGGUUGUUUUUAAUUAAUUUAUUCCAUUUUAACUUAUUUAAAAUGAGGUGAUUGGAUUUCCUGAAUGUUUUGGGGAAACUAAUCCAGGAGAGUGUAGUAGUAAACACCAAUACUUCCAACAUGAAUCUAACAUGCGAUGUUGGUUUUUGAGAUUCUGUUUUAUGUACACUACAAUAAGAGGUCUGAUGUUGUGAAUUCAAAGGUAUCAUGUGAUCUGUUAAUCUUUGGGCAUGUUUCAUACCUCCUUUUUGAAAGUGAAAUUGUCAUUGCCUGUGUCUCUCUGAUUGGCCAUUUGGAUUAGGUCUAGAAGUGACUUUGAAGUCUGUAUUUUUCUGGUAUAUACCAAAACCAUAAUGCUUUAUACGGGUAGCUGUUUUCUGGGCUGUGUGAGAAUGGUAGGUACCUGACUACUUGCAAGAAGGGCACCUGCACAUAAGUAUUAAUGAGAUGAAACUAAAGAAAAGCCCAUCACAGACACGCCAUUGUGAAACAAAGUAUAAAUGUAUCCACAACAGUGACACACUGGGAUCCUGCUAGUUUAUGUAAAAUGGGUGGGAGGGUCACUGUUUUAAUUUGCUCUUAAUCUCCACCACAAUCUUAACAGCCCUCCUGAAUAUGACCCAUUGUUCUAGGAGAAUACUAUGUGAGUAAACAGGUCUUUAGAUGGUGUGCUACAGACUAAAAGGGUCUGUGGAAAGGUCAAGCGUUCAUCCAGGGUCGCCAAAACACCCUGGGGGCUAGUGUAUGUGCCUAUUUAUAAAUAUAUAUAUCUGUCUUGAACAAAAACAAACUGGUAUCUGCUGUGUUUUGAUGACAUUUGGUUAGUCACUGAAUAUUCUGCACUGUUAGUGUUACUGUGAGCUUUGUAUUUUCACCAAGGACUUGUUGCCAGACUUCUGGAGAAGGUUUAGUUUCUGAUUUCAGGUUAGAUGGAAAAGUAAUGUUCAGCCUUUGUUAGUGCUUGAGAGGCAGCUGGAACAAAUGAUGACUGGAGGAAAUGGAGGGUGAGGAAUAGAAAGGGCAAAGGCGACAGCGCAAAUCCAGGUAUGCGUCGUGGUUUUGGGGAGGUCCAAUGUUGAAUCUGGAGUCAUAUAUAUAUAUAUAUAUAUAUAUAUGAGGAUAUGCUACACCUUUUAGCAGACAUGCAGUAAAUGCGACAAUACCUGCUUUUAAAACAGCGACAACCUUAAGAAACCCCGAGGCACUAGAAUGCUAAUGUUGUCCGGGGCUUUGACUUAUCCAUACACCAUUGCAAAGGCGGUAGUGACUGCCACAGCAUCGCUCUUGUGUGUACUGCUGACACCCAUUAACGCAUCUCCGGAGUCUGUAGGUGGAAACAGACAGCAUUUCCAACUUGAAGACUGUUUUUCGUGGGCUAGGUUUGAUAAUGGACGCAACGGAUAUCAUGGAUUUAACGCAUCAGAAAACGAGAAAGCGCCCGCGUCCAAUCAGUUCUUUGGAUGAGUCCGUAGUACACGCGUCCCUGAAACGAAUCUCAAUGCGAACGGCGGAAUGCGGGGACGCUCCGUUCAUGUACUCAAGAGGCGACCCCUUACCUGCAGCAUCACUGAAGCAGAAUGAUCAUUCUGUGUCUUCCUCACCAGCCACAGUUUUGUCAGCGCAGGAUAACCGUUCCAGCAUGUCCAGGCCCAUGAUCACCAGAUCACCAGCAUCCCCCUUGAGUAACCAGGGCAUCCCGACGGCUGCCCAGCUCACCAAGUCCAAUGCCCCUGUGCACAUUGACGUGGGUGGACACAUGUACACCAGCAGUCUGGCCACGUUAACCAAGUACCCAGAGUCCAGAAUCGGACGUCUCUUCGAUGGCACAGAGCCCAUAGUGUUGGACAGUCUGAAGCAGCACUACUUCAUAGACAGGGAUGGACACAUGUUCCGCUACAUCCUCAACUUCCUCAGGAUCUCGAAGCUCCUCAUCCCAGAUGACUUCAAAGACUACAGCCUGUUGUACGAGGAGGCCCGGUACUUCCAGCUGCAGCCCAUGCUGGCCGAGCUGGAGCGAUGGCGCCAGGACCGCGACCUGGCCCGGGUGUCACGCCCUUGCGAGUGCCUGGUGGUACGCGUGGCACCCGACCUGGGAGAGAGGAUCACGCUGAGCGGAGACAAAGCCCUCAUCGAGGACGUAUUCCCAGAGAUUGGCGACGUCAUGUGCAACUCUGUCAACGCAGGCUGGAACCACGACUCCACACAUGUAAUCCGCUUCCCGCUCAAUGGAUACUGCCACCUCAACUCCGUCCAGGUCUUGGAGCGUCUGCAGCAGCGUGGCUUUGAGAUCGCCGGAUCCUGCGGUGGAGGCGUGGACUCAUCCCAGUUCAGCGAGUACGUCCUGAGGAGGGAACUGAGGAGGGCAGGCCAGCGAGGAGGGCCUAACUCAAACCGUAUAAAACAGGAGCAGCUGGACUAGACCUCCCAGACACCUGGGGCGCUAGACUUUUUUUCCGGUGGCAGCCAAGCACUAGACGGGACGCAGCAGAGCUCUGUGGAUUCUGGGUAUAAUGCUGCGCUCAUGUGCUAAUUUGUACUAGGAAACUCUGAAAUGUACUACUUGCUAACUGGUUUAACGUGGCACGUGUAUAAUUACAACCACUUUGCAUGUCGGAAAUGCAUGAGUUUCCUAGCUCCGACUAGCACGUGAAUGCCGCUUUAUUGUUUUGUUUGUCAUUAAACUUUUUUUUUUACUUGAGAAGAACCACAGCGAAAGAGUGACCAAGGUGUGACAGGAUUUUUUUUUUUUUUUUUUUUGCCAUAAGAAGAUACAGAACAUUUUGAUAAGUUGAUAUCUCAAGGAUAUUUGUGAUUGUUCAUGCCCCGCCCCCAUCAAAAUAUAUAAAAAAGGAUUAACACUUUCCCAGGGUCCCCAAAUAAAGUUUGUUUUAAAACUUUGAACCUACAUUAGGUUAGAUAUGAUUUCCAUGAUUAAGACCAUACGUGUAAAUGGUUUGAUUGCACAUGUAGUGCACGGCCAUUCACUAGUGAUUUGCAGUUUUUAUUUACCCAUUGGCAUAUUUACCAAGUCGAAUUGUUCUCCCAUACUAUAAGAACGUUCACUGUGUUGCUAGCGGCAGACAAACAGUGCUAUACAUCAUGGUGUUGUGAGAAGAUCUUGGUUAGCAUAAACACCAUUAUUUUUAACAGAACUGAAUGAAACAUUAUCCACACUCUUAUUCACACAGGAUGUUAAGUAUCGUAAUAAUACAAAUGAAGUGUUUUUACUUUAAUCAAAGUUACCUUACUGGAUUUUAUAAUAUGAAAUAUAGUUCACAUUAGUAUUAUCAAUAUUUUAUGUCAUAGACCAUUCUAUACUCACUAAAUGAAAAUUAAGUAAAUUAUUAUAAAUGUCCCUGCAUUGCCUCUAUUUUGGGUACUAAAACCUAGAGAACAGAGGUGACUAAUUCAGAGGAGCCUCAAGUUCCUAUUGAGUGACCUACUGUAAAUGAUAUUUGCCAUUGUAUGUUUUGUUUUUAUACAUUGAAAUGGACACCUUUUUAACCGGCAUAAUGUUGCCUCAUAAAUGACUGAACAGAUCAGGCUAAUAGUAGAAGACCCAAAUCUAAGAUUUAUUCUUAGGACAUUGAUGAUGUGAAGUUUGAUUAUCAUUAACUAUUUCUAACGUGAUCUACCUACGCUCCCUAGAUUUGAGUAAAGAGGAAUGUAGUACUAAAAUGUGAAAUAAAUCUUCAACUGAAGUUGUA